AUGAGCACUACGCCACUAUCAAAGACUGGGCCGACAGGACGUCGUGACGAGUCAGGAAUGCGAUAUUCCACAAAGUUUUAUUUUGCAUCAGGUCACACCUGCAUUGACACAUUCACAGUUGGGCCGAAGCAUCACCUAGGUAUCCCGCCAGACACAAAACCUUGA